CUGUACUUGUGAAGAGUUUUGUGAUGAAUGUUCGGUCGGAUUAACAUUGGAUGUAAAAUGUAUAGAUGAACAGACGCGUCAUGUGACCACGCGUGAUCUUGUUUCUUCAAAUCCGCAAGUCGUUCCGGUGGGUGUAGCUUUCUUUUGUUUAAAGGACAUUGGCAAUAAAAAAUUAGUUCUUAAAAUUGUUUAUAUCUUGCUUAGUUUUAAAACCAGAGAACUAAAUAUUUAAGGUUACAGAACAGCUUUGAGUGUUCAUUUUGCCUAAGAUUUUUUUAUUGGUUUCAAUGAAAGCAUUAGACUAGUUCUACUAUCUGACCAAGUUUGAACGAAAAAUGUUGAAAACUCGCAGAGUUAUUUAGUAAAAUACAUUUCGCUGCAAUAAGAAAAACAUUGAAAAUGUAAUAUCCAAAUUGAAUUUUCUCCCGAAAAAUUUUACGGUAAUUACUGAUUUUCAAACGAGUUGUGCUCCUGCAUGCGGGUUUUAACCAAUUUUUCUCAAAUUUUCACAGCACAUAGCUAAAUACGUCAGUUUCAAAAUUGUGUUCGGCUUUUUUUUAAUUAUGGAUAUUUUAAAAAUAAAGAGCAAUUCACUCAAACAAUUCAGAAAUAUAUUGCAGUCGUCAAAGAAAUCGCCAUAUCAGCGGAUGAUGAAAUAAACAAAAAUUUCCGAACACAAUUUUUUAGAACAACUAUUUUACUGUGUAAAAAUAAUAUUUUCAUAAAUACAACUUAAAACCAUGGGAGCACAACUCAAAAGCGUAAAGGUACCGCGAUUUAAGAUUUUCCUGAAUAAUUCUUACAUUAUUCUAUUGUUUGUUAAUUUUACAACUUUACCAUAUCUUGCAUGCACUGGAGAACAUUUGGUGAAAAUGUGAUGAAAAUCGGACUGAUAUUGAGCGCGCAGUAGCGAUUUUCCGCAAAACGCCAAAAAGGGUAUCCUGUAACCUUAAAAAGCAGAGAACGUCUAUACAAACUUAUUAAUUAUUAGUUGUACAGGUCUGAGCAAACAAGUUGUUACAAAUCUGCUCACAAGCUGUCGACAAGUUGUGUUCGUACUGCUUGUUCCCAGUUGUUGUAACAAGUUUGGAACAAGCUGUUAACAACUUGUAACAAGCUUGAUGGCAUUAUCAGACUUGUUACAAGGUUGUUCUAACAAGUCUGAUACAGUCAUGAUAUUACAAGAAUGUUACAAGGUUGACGACACAAGGUUGCAACAAUAUUGUUAUAUCAUGACUGUAUCGGACUUGUUGGAACAACCUUGUAACAUGUUUGAUAAUAUCAACAAGGUUGUUACAAGUUGUUAACAGCUUGUUCCAUACUUGUUGACAAUUUGGGACAAGCAGUGCGAACACAACUUGUUGGCAGACUUGCUACAAGAUGUGAGAUUUUUCGUGUGUAAUAUUAGGCAGCGUUUACACUGUACCGUUGUCGUAGCGUUCUCGUAUUGUUCGAGAGAACUAGAUUAUUGUCUUGCGUUCCCUUGAGGAUUAAGAACAAUACGAGAACGCUACGAAAACGGUACAGUGUAAACGCUGCCUUAGAGACCUUAUAAGCGGUUUGACGGCAAACGUCAAACGACUAAGAAGUUUUGGAUUUUACAACUCUAUUAUAGCAGCUUUUACACCAGUUUUGAAAUAUAUUGCAGAAUUAUUAAACUUGUGGUACCUGUAUUUAUAGCAUUGAUUUAGCAAUGUCCAAUGAAGUUAAGAUUUGGCGUUUGAAGUUGACGUUUGGCGUAUAUAAAUUUCAUAUACUUGAACUGCUACGAGGGCUUGUAGUCGUUAAAGCAUGAAAUUUAUACGCCAAACGUCAACUUCAAACGCCAGAUCCUGAUUUACUGCUUUGGUGAAUACAUGACUAGUGGUUAAUUUGCUUUCUUAAAUCAUUGCUAAAUAGCACGAGUUUAAUAAUUCUUUAAUAUAUUUCAAAACUGGUGUAAAAGCUACUAUUAUAUAAUAGAGUUGUAAAAUCAAAAACUUCGUUAGCAGUUUGACGUUUGCAACGAAUAAAUAUGCUAUACAUUUCCAUAAAAUAUGAUUGAAUACCGAAAAUAACCGAGUAACCUGGUCUUAUACAAUUUUCAGGCAACUUCCAGAGAUGAUAAUGAGGCAGGGGAUGAGAAAGGUAUGCUUAAAAAAUUAAACAAAUAAUAUAAAUUAUAAAUCUACAGUCUUCUGUCGUUCAUAAAAAAAACUAAAGGUAUAAUUUUUCCGUAGAUAUCUUGAUAGUGAAACUUCGAAAAGGACAGGUAUGGCUACCAUAAUGUUACCCGAAUUUUAGACGGCAACUCGUUGACAUCUCAACAAGUGGCUGUCGGAAAUUCAGGCUGCCAUUAAUGUUGUUUUGUCUAAAACAAGGCAGAUUGUAAAUCUCAGUUUGGAUUUUAUUGCUGUCGGAAUGAUUUGCAUAUUUUAUAUUCUUCAUUUUAACAGGAACUGAAGUUGCGUGCUUUUGCAAAGAAAGUAAGUACAACCAGUUCUGCUGUUAAGUAGUAAUGGUCCAAACAUCUUUUAUAAUGGAGAACUUGCAUGUUAUAGACUAAAUUUUAAUCUAAGUAAAGAGAAGGGAAUCAAACACCACAGCUGAAAAGAACAUUGCAAAAUUUCGUUGCGAAAUGUUGUAAAAUUAACUUUGAAACAAAUGAUAGCGAUAUUAAUUUUAUUUUAUUACAACGACGUUUCGAUGCUGCUUGUAUCAUUUUCAAGUUAAAACUUGAAAAUGAUGCAGAAGCAUCGAAACGUCGUUGUAAUCGGCUCAAAAGUGGAGUAACAAUUUCCGCACGUAAUACAAAAAUAUACAAAAUAUGCAAACUUCGCAAGGCUAUAUUUUCCGUAUUUUACAAUAUUUUGUAACCAAAUUUUGCAAUUUUAAGAAGUUCUUUACGGGAAUUUACUUUUUUUGCCUAGAUCAAAAAUUAGUCUAACAUGCAAGUUCAAAGUUGUCUAUUGAAAUUGAGUCCAUCUUAUUUUCAAACCAAUUUUUUUCCCAUUGUUUUUACAUUUUUAGGGAUUUGCCAAAGAACACGCGAAGUGGAAUCCCACAGCAGGCGUGGCGUUUGAAUACGAUCCUGACAACGCCUUAAGACAUACGACAUUUCCCAAGGUGGAGGAAUGGUGAGAUAUCCCUUAUUAGACGGUUUUAGAUAACAAGACGCGGACGUCAAGAGGACGUGGAUGUCGUCAUUUGGCGCCAACUAUCGUCAGCUUCUAGUUUGCGACGUCGUCUUGGACGAUUUCACGACGCGAAAAUACAAUUUUCACGUCCUCUCUAGAACGUCACAGAUUUUUGCUUCUUUUGAAAAAAAUAUGAGACUAUGCAUAAUAAAAAUCAUCCUAUUUUGUUCCCCGUGUAUUGUUUAAUGAUACUAGCUAAAGUUUUUCCAUUGACAAGGUUGUUUUUCUUGUAUUUCGCUAAAUUUUAGACGAGUUGAUUUUCGACAAAUACUUUCGGUCGCCAUAAACAAAUCAACAAAACUGCAAGCAUUGUUAAUAAUCACUUCAAUACCGCUAGUAAUCUUCACCAAAACAAAUAUUUUAGAACAAACUAAACUAAAGUUAUAUUAACAACUAUUUAAAAUCAGGAAAACGUGGGAAAAUAGAAAAAUAAAAGCACUUAAAAGCAGUAAAAACUCAAUCAAUUUUAGUUGCUCUGUCACAACAGUGCAAAAAGUAGGACAUGCAAAAAAACGCUUUCCAGCGUGAAAAACUAUCGUAAACAGUAUUAAAUUUUACCGAUAUAAACACUGAUGCUAUAUUUAUACUGAACAGUUGACAAACUUGAUUGAAUAGGCUACAAUUAGCUCGUAAACAAUACUUGCAGCUGUUGUAUUUAUUCCAAAUGAUGCAACAAAGUUCACUUUUCAAAAUACCAAAAAAUAACCCUUUUUUCUAAAAAAAACUUAUUGAAUGUCCAUACUAAUUCAUCAGGAAACACUUGCCCAGUAUUAUAUAGCCUUUUCUUGCACAUAUCUUGACAACUGAUUGAAAACAAUACAGGAAUGAACAGGUAACAAGAAAACAAAAAUUUGCUUCGAAAAAGACAAACAGCCGUCCCAGAUUAAAACCCGGAAGUGAACGCGAGGUGCAUACGUCAUUUUCACGUCCUCUUGACGUCCGCGUCUUGUUAUCUAAAAGCGUCUAAUAUCCAUUGGUACACCCAUUCACCAUCGUAUUUCCAUCAUCUUCACAAGAUGGCAUCAACUAUUCCGCUGACCUCAGAAUGACAUUUCGUCAAAACUUUUUUCUUCAAGAUUGGUUUAGAAACAAAUUUGGAGUAGGGUUAGGUUAGGGUUAGGGUUUGGGUUAGAGUUGGUGUUUGGAGUAGGGUUAGUGUUAGUAAAACCGUUGCUUUGUUACGUUUUGUCACUCUGAGGCCAGCAAAAUAAUCUCUUCCUCACAAAAUUGACGUUGAUUUUAUCUUCCGAAGAUUGAGCCAAAAAGUGCCAAAGCUUCAUUCUAGCAUUUCUCUUUAAAAUUUUUAGGCCAAAAAGUGAAUACACGCAAUUGGAAGAGGACGAAUGUGAGUAUAGAACUUGUUUUGUUUUGUUUUCAUGGAAACAUCAACCUAGUACCGAGUCUCUGGCUAAUACCCAGUACUUCCCAAUAGUAUAGCCAAAGAUUAGAUAUUAUAUAAUACCUUAUUGAAUUCUGAUCGUUUAAUUGGCUGUUUAUGGUCACGUGAUACUGAAUAGAAAAUUCCAUUUCCCAAGAGUGCAAUGGAAUACGUUCCAUUGCACUCUUGCGAGUGCAAUUGUACUAUACGUUUUAUUCCAUUGCACUCUCUGUGCCUUCGAUAAAUCGCA